AAUAUGAAGAAGAAGAACAGUUUGUGUAUGGUAAAUUUGGUUUAGUUUGUGUUUGGUGAGAUGUUUCCAAAUAAUUUUCGCCCGUUUUGAAUACGAUGGCUGACGUUCCUCCUAGUAGAUACGAAAAAUCAUUGGGUUUACUUACUACAAAGUUUGUCGAUUUACUGCAAAAGGCAAACGGCGGAGUUUUGGACCUAAAAUUGGCUGCAGAUAUGCUCGCCGUACGACAAAAGCGUCGAAUUUACGACAUCACCAACGUUCUGGAAGGUAUUGGAUUAAUCGAGAAGAAAAGUAAAAAUAGUAUACAAUGGAAGCCAUAUACUUAUAAAGAUACAUUACCUAACUGCAACACACAAGAAAUUGCUGGGAAAGUUUUGAAUUUAAAAUCAGAACUUAGUAAAUUGGAGUCUUAUGAGAACAUUUUAGAUCGACACCGAUUAUGGAUCGAACAAAGCAUUAAGAAUAUUACUGAAGAUUUAGAUAACAGAAAAUAUUUAUACGUUACAAGUGAUGAUUUUUUGCAAUGUUACGGUGAUAGUACUAUAAUUGCUUUUAAUACACCUUUAAAUUCAACUGUACAAGUUCAAGAUCCCAAAGUUUCUUAUAGUAUAAAAAUACGAUCAUCGGCAGCUCCAAUUCGAGCUAAUGUAAAAACAGAUCCUCCCCAAGAUCAGAGAAAGCGGCAAAAAACAGACGCAGAUAACGGAAACGAAAAUUCUACAAAAAAACUUUUAAUAAAAGAGGAUUUACAAGAAUCCGAUGAAGAUUCAGAUUUGGCCACUGCAAAAGUUGUGUUUAAAAAUUGCAAUAAAGAUGAAAGCCUUCAUUAUGAUGGUGAUGAUGAAGAUGAUGAUUACGAUUUCUUACCUUUAAGUCCUUUGCCUCGAGUGGAAGAUUACAAUUAUUGCUUGUUAGAAUCAGAAGGUUUGGUGGAUAUGUAUGACGUUUCAACGCAAUCUUCACCAUCUCAAGAUUAGUAUUGAAAAAAAUAGGUUAUUUAAGAAAACCUACAGAGUAUUUUAAAAAGUAAUGAAACGGAUAAGUCUCAAAAACUGUUAUUGUUUUAUUAAAAUAAUGUUAUGUUCGCGUUAUAAUGGACGAAAACGUCUUUUAACUUGAUUUCUCACUUUUUAUAAUUACUCUGUAUAAAUAUAUUUCUUUGAAAUAGUCUAGAAUUAUUGACAGAGUAUCUUUUGAUCGAUAAAAAAUAGCUCUUAAUGCUGAAAGGUAUAAAAAAACUUUGUUAUUUUUUGCAAUAACAAAGAGUUUUUUACUUAUUUUAGCCCUAAGAAGUAUAAUAUGUAUUCUGUAAAUUAAUAAUCAACUAUUUUUUGUUAAAA